CUAGAUUUUACAGAUAAGCUUAAGGCAACACUGUAACUCUUUCCGGGGUCCAAACGUCACGUCUGGUGUGGUCAGACGGCGUUCAGGACUACUGAUAACAACUCGGUGGUGUAUCUAUGCAACGUUUGCAUCACCAGCACUCGCGGCAGUAUCUUUCCAGAAAACGUCAAGGGUGGCGCAGCGGCACGGCAGAGGAUUUAGUUACCGCAGCGGCUAAUAGUUAGCCACAUCCGCACUUGGGUAUGUCUGAUAUUAGCCUUGAGGCUGAGUCGGGGACGACCUCAGCCGAGGACCCUCAGCAGGAUUGUGAGGAGGCUGAUAAAGCAAAAGAGAGUUUAAGUGGGGAUCUGACUCCAGAGAGUGUAGACAGUAGCAGAGAUGCAGAGGACAGAGAGGACGUACUGUACGACAUUGACAUUAACAGUGACGAAGACCGUGCAGGAUCUCCUGAGAAGGAUGUUCAGGGUGAGGGUAGUCAGAGUGUCAGUGCAGUCUCUGGCAGCGUAGGCAAGGAGGCAAAACACCGCGUUGAAUCGUCCGAAACGCCGGAGGGAACUGGAAAAUCUCGCUCCGAAACAAAGCCCUCCUUGCUGCAGGAAAGCACAAUGGCUGAAGACUCCCACAGAAGCUCAGCAGCUGAGAUCCCAGUCACCAGCAAUGGAGACCUGGAUCAGAGCCCGGACAAAGUACUCCAGAGGGACUCCUACCCCAGUAACCCAGGAGCCCUAAACCUCUCAGAUUCUGGCGUCACCUCCAGCAACUUCACUCCAAAAGUAGAGGGCAUAAUUGAAUCAGGACCUUACAAAGGAACAGUUAAAGCUCAGCCAGCGAGCGGAGCAGUGGUCCUUUCUGAUGACUUAAAGAACCCAGCCAUGGAAAAACUGGACCUUGUGAGAAAGUGGAGCAUCAACACGUAUAAAUGUACCAGACAGAUCCUGUCCGAGAAGCUGGGCCGGGGCUCGAGGACCGUUGACCCAGAGCUGGAGGCACAAAUUGAACAGCUCCGUGAGAACAAGAGGAAGUACCAAAGUGUGAUCAAGUUGGCUCAAACGCUGGCCAAUCAGCUGUCUCUGAUAAUGCAGACUCAGAGGCAGCUGGGUGAUGCCUUCGCCGACCUCAGUCUGAAGUCGCCAGAACUCCACGAGGAGUUUGGUUACAACGCCGAGACCCAAAAACUUUUGUCCAAAAAUGGAGAGACCCUGCUGGCUGCCAUCAACUUCUUCAUCUCUAGUGUUGACACGCUUGUGGACAAAACCAUCGAAGACACCAUGCUUAACAUUAAACAGUAUGAAGCUGCAAGGGUGGAGUAUGAUGCAUACCGUACUGACUUGGAGGAGCUGAAUCUGGGGCCACGUGAUGAAAACAGCAUGCCGAAGAUCCAGCAGUCCGAGCAGCAGUUCCAGGUCCACCGUGAGAAGUACGAACGGAUGAGAAAUGAUGUGUCAGUAAAGCUGAAGUUCCUGGAGGAGAACAAGGUGAAGGUGUUGCAUAACCAGCUCAUCCUGUUCCACAACGCCAUAGCUGCGUAUUAUGCUGGGAACCAGCAGCAGUUGGAACAGACACUCAAGCAGUUCCACAUCAAGUUGAAAACGCCAGGUGUGGACAGUCCCUCUUGGCUGGAAAACCACUAA